AUGCCCGACUAUCUUGGAGAUGAUAUGCGAAAAUCGAAGAAAGGAGAAACGAAAGAGGAGGAGAAAGAAUUUCAAGCACUUGAUGAGGGUGAUAUCGCUGUUUUGAAACGCUAUGGCCAAGGACCUUAUGCUGAAUUGUUGAAGCAGCUUGACACCGACAUUGAAGAAGCCGUUAAAAAAGUCAACGAGCUUUGUGGAGUGAAAGAAUCAGACACGGGUCUAGCUCCACCAGCUCUAUGGGAUAUUGCCGCCGACAAACAAGCUAUGCAACAAGAACAGCCUUUGCAGGUAGCUCGCUGCACAAAAAUCAUUCAGACGGAGGGCCAAGAUCCUCGCUAUAUGAUCAACGUUAAACAAUUUGCUAAAUUUGUUGUGGAUCUUGCUGACAGUGUUGCUCCAACUGACAUUGAGGAAGGUAUGCGUGUGGGCGUUGAUCGGAACAAGUAUCAGAUCCACUUACCACUUCCAGCCAAGAUUGAUCCUACAGUUACGAUGAUGCAGGUUGAAGAGAAGCCCGAUGUAACUUAUGCAGAUGUUGGUGGUUGCAAGGAACAAAUUGAGAAACUUCGAGAAGUUGUUGAGACCCCACUACUUCAUCCUGAACGCUUUGUCAACCUUGGAAUUGAACCACCAAAGGGAGUGCUUCUUUAUGGACCGCCUGGAACCGGAAAGACGCUUUGUGCUCGGGCUGUUGCCAAUCGAACUGAUGCUUGUUUCAUCCGUGUCAUUGGAUCAGAGCUUGUGCAAAAAUAUGUUGGAGAAGGAGCUAGAAUGGUGCGUGAGUUGUUCGAGAUGGCACGCACGAAAAAGGCAUGCUUGAUAUUCUUCGAUGAGAUCGACGCUGUUGGUGGAGCUCGUUUUGACGAUGGAAUGGGUGGUGACAACGAGGUGCAAAGAACCAUGCUUGAACUCAUCAAUCAACUCGAUGGUUUCGAUCCCCGUGGAAAUAUUAAAGUACUGAUGGCCACAAAUCGACCGGACACCCUUGAUCCCGCAUUACUGCGCCCUGGACGUCUCGAUCGCAAGGUUGAAUUCUCACUGCCGGAUCUUGCUGGACGAGCACACAUCAUCAAGAUUCACGCGAAACAGAUGAGCGUCGAGAGGGACAUUCGUUAUGAUUUAUUGGCUCGUCUAUGCCCCAACAGUACAGGGGCUGAGUUGCGCUCGGUUUGCACUGAGGCUGGAAUGUUUGCCAUCCGUGCUCGUAGAAAGGUUGCAACCGAGAAAGAUUUCCUCGAAGCGAUCAAUAAGGUGAUCAAAGGUUAUCAGAAAUUCUCGGCUACUCCACGGUACAUGACACACAAC